AUGGCGCGGGCUGUGGCGCGCUCGUGCGGCGAGGUGGAACCUGGGCCUGACAACGAAGGCGGCGACGAUGCGUGCGCUGACGAGGUCGGCGUCGAGGCUCGUGCGGGCUCGUGCGGCGGGCCGGCUCCGCGGGACGACAAGCGACGCGGUGGCAACGCAUCGUCCGCCAACGAGGGCGAAAAGAACGUGAUCGGCGAGGAGUACACAGCGACGGACGAGGAGAUUGCCGAGAACGAGGCCGAGGACUCCCAGGACGGCGAAAGAGAGUGCGCCGGAGGAAAUCUCGAGGUUGGCGUCGAAGAGAACCCGCAUGGCGCGUCCCCUUCAGAAGGAGCGUGUCACGACACGGCACCGAAGGCGGAUGAGGAGAUCGCUGAGGAGUUUGGCGAGGAAGGAGACGAGCCAGCUGACGACAAGCUGGACGGUGCGACAAAAGAUCUUGGAGGGCGAGAAGCACAAGAUGGAAAGGCGGAGAAGACGACAAAGAGGCGGAAAAGGAAGAAAAAGAGAAACCACGACGAACAGCACGGUGGUGUGGGGGCCAAGGAGAACAAGACGAUCGUGGACGAGGCAAUCAUUGUGGACGCAGUGGUAUACGUUCGCGAAAAUAUGUCUGAACCCAACCCGGACAGCGAGAGGGAAGAUCUCACUGAGGAAGAGACAAACAAGGCCGAGGUGGAGAAGCCUGUCGCAGACUCUAAGGAGGAGGAAGAGACCAAGGGGGAUGCUGUUCCGUCCGCCAAGGCGGCCAAGGCUGAACCGGCCAGGACGCGUCUUCAGUGUGAGACCAACUCAGCGGGUGCGCGUCGCGUGCGCAGCCUGGAGGCGGCCGCCAAGGAGGGCGAGGCCCUUCUCAGGGAACUCGGCCACAAGGACAGCAGCGUCCCAGAAAGUGGUUGCAGGCGGACACGCUCGCAGACGCGGUGCACCAUGGCUGCUCCCGCUGCACGGCAGCCUGCACGGAAGACCCCUGUAAGAAGAAAGAGUGAAGAGGAGGAGGAAGAAGAGGCAGCCUCUGCUGAGGAGGCCUCGACGACAGCCGUCUACGAGGACGGGUCAGCAGGCAGCGUAGAGAAGGACGAGAAGGACAACGUAAUUAACGUCGAGGAUGCAGGCGAGGCACGGCAAGAAGAUUCUGAGGAUGCCAACGCCGAUCAUAAUGAGCAACCACUGAUCGGCGUACAUCGAUGGAAAGAUCGUAAACGAGAGGCCGCCAAGCGCAUCGGCAGUGCCCCCGCAGUAAUCCUGCCCUUCGAUGAAGAUCGCGUGCCCAACUUCGUGCGAAAACGGGUCGAUGCUGCUACAAUUCACGCUGUACCGCAGGCAGACAUCUGCUACGCUUGCGGCCGGUUCGGCCACUGCGCGGACAUUUGCCCCAACCCCGGAGACGACAUCUACUGA